AGCACUAUGAAAGAAGCUGAAGAUCUUCAAAAACUGAUCAAAGACAUCCCUUUAAAAAAAUCAUUGGCUAUUAAAAAGCAUAAACAAGUGCAAUCCCAUCUGAACUCCUUAAUGGAAUCGUUGAAACAAGUUGAAGUUGGCCUUAAAGACCAGCUAAUGAAAAAUGAUCUUCAUUUAGCGGGAAUAAUGUCUUUGGAUGAAAAACUUGCUUUUGCUCAAGAGAAUAAAGAUAUGACUGUUGCAGCUGUUAGGGAAACUGUCAAUAAGAUUGCUUUCCAGUGCGACGAAUCAUUGGCAGAAGUGGCAAAUAUCGCCGAAUAUUACGAAUCACAGAAAAGGAUUAGAAUCCUUUUGAAUCUUCGAAAUUCAGACAAUCAAGUCAUCCCAACAUUUUCUUUAUUCGAAUAUGGUUUUUACAGCAACUGGUCAACAGCAGAAAACUUGUCUACCACAGAUCGAAAUCUUAUGCUUGUAUCGCAUCUGGUCUUCACAAUCUUGAAGCGAUGGAAGAUUGCUUUGAAAGUAAAAUUACCUCCGGGUUCGAUGUUUACAGCAGUCAGCUUAUCUUCUAUCGAAAAUCGACAUUCUCCACCACAGCUACCAAAUGUCACCGCACCCUCUACGUCUUCCAGUGUCCCGUCAACUACGAUAUCACCAAUGCAUGGGGUCCAGCUCCCACGAUCAGACAGCGUCCGUUUGUUCCAUCGUUAUUGUCGUUUGGAAUUCGUGCUGCAUCACGCCGAGAAAAUGAAGAUUCAUGUUCAGAUCUUCUGUGCCUUAUUUUCGCUUGCCAUCGCCACUAAAGUCGACUACUCGGGGCAUAUGGUAAUUCGAGUAGUCCCGCAGACAGAGGAGCAGGUGAAAUUUUUAAGCGCUUUGGAAUCAAGCAGCUCUAUCGAUUUCUGGACACGCUCAGUCGCCGCUAAUCGAUUCACCGACAUUCACGUCAGUCCCGAAUCAUACAAUCGUGUUGCACGAGCUUUGCUUGAACAUGGCAUGAACCACAAAAUUCAUAUUGCUAACCUGGGCGUAUUGGGAAAAGAAGAACAGCAGAGCAUCGCUCUUCGCCGAGCACUUGCCAGUAACAACAAGGCCAUCGACGUGGAAAACUAUCACACUUACGAGGAGAUCAUGGCUUACUUGGCCGAUUUGGCUAGCACCAACCCAUUGGUAUCUACAUUGGUAGCAGGUACCAGUGUCGAAGGCCGUCAAAUCGUUCAGGCGACCAUCAGUAGCGAUCGUUCUGCUAACAAACCGAUUGCUUGGUUUGAUUGCAACAUUCACGCCAGGGAAUGGAUCACUGCGGCUACUUGCGUCUGGAUCAUCGAUACGAUCACCAGUGGAUAUGGAACUGACGCCGAGGUCACUGCGCUCGUUGAUCAAUACGACUGGAAGUUUGUGCCUGUUGCUAAUCCGGACGGCUACGCCUACAGCUGGAGCAAUGACAGAUUGUGGCGAAAAAAUCGUGCGAUUAACAGUGGCUCUGCCUGCGUCGGUGUUGAUCUCAAUCGCAACUUCCCGUCUGGUUUUGGUGGGGAAGGAUCCUCCAACCUACCUUGCUCAGAGACCCAUCAUGGAGUUUCAGCCUUGUCCGAGCCGGAGUCUCAGACUUUGGACGCUCUAAUUGCUGCUGAUCGUGGAAGGGUCAAGGCAGCCAUUUCUAUGCAUUCCUACUCCCAACUCUGGCUAUCAUCGUACUCUUAUUCAAGUGCUCUGCCGGUCGAGUACCCUGAAAUGAUGAAUGCCAUGAAAGCAGGCGUUGAUGCACUCGUUGCUACUUAUGGAACCCCUUACGAAUACGGUAGCACAGGCACCGUCCUUUACAUCGCAUCGGGCACUACUACGGAUCAUUAUUAUGAAAACGAAGGCGUUGUCCAUUCGUACACGAUUGAGCUCCGCGAUAAAGGACGGUACGGAUUUCAACUGCCGGCAUCACAAAUUGUACCGACGGCCACUAAAACCUGGAACGGAAUCAAGGCGUUCAUGAAUGCUAUUUAAUUGACAAAAGGAGCAAAACUGUUGGACGGUGUUGAGUUGAACGAAUGCGACAUUGGAAAUUGAGGCUUAUGCAAUAAAAGAUUUAAUCGGGAAAUAAUAUACUCUGAAAUCGAA